AUGAAGCCCCCGGUACCACAUGCACCGAAACCUGUGAAACCAAUUGGGAAAGCCCCUCCUCCCCUCGGGUUGUACUCUGCAACUGCGGCACCUGUUGCAGCCGCUGCGCCAUCUCCCGCCACUGCGCCGUCUCCCUCUUCUGCGCCAUCUAACUCUAUUGCACCGUCUACCCUUGCUCUUGUCCAUCCAAGGGCGGAUCUUGCACCUCCUGCCGCUGCACCAAAUUCACCUACAACUGCUCCCGUGCAGCCUAUCGUCGCUGUCCACGUUGCGCCGUCCCCGGCCGACGACUUGGCGUGGUUGGCGGUGUCCGCCACCACUGGCGGCCUGGCCCCGGCGAAGGCGGUGGACUCUGCUAUCUACCCGGCCGGCACCGCGAGCCAGAGCGGCUCGCAGCAGGUCGUGCCAUCGCCUGUUGCUCCUCACCCUGCGGCACGUCCAGGUGUUGCUCCCCACCCGGCCGCUCCUCAUCCUGCUGCCCCUUCCACCUCGGCGCCAGCACAUUGGGGUGUGGCGGCGGGUGCCGAUCUUCGUCUGCCCUGGAUCCCGCCAGUGGCGGGCAUGGAAUUUGUGGGAGCGGGAGAGGAGCGCGACGCUCUGUCAGGUGUGGCGGCUUUCUGGGUGUCUGCGUGCGUUCCUGCUAUUGCAGGUGUAUGUGCAUGCGUCCCUUCUGCGGGUCUCUGGGAGGAUUGCCUUGAUGCUGCCGAUCAGCUCGCCUUGCUCCUGGUGCCCAUGUUUGCUGCGCCCGUGAGGGGAGGCGUUGCGGCAAUGUGGUAG